AAUCGGUGCGUAGCAAGAGGAUUCGUUGCUCUGCUUGCUCGUUGACCCUUGAGUAACUGGCGUGGAUCACUCGUUGAUGUGGGCUCAUCUAUUGAUGGCAGUUCUGUAAUCUGUAAUUACCACUUAUUCACUUCACUUCAAUGCUCACCCGCCAUUCACUCGUUGAUGUGGGAUCACUCGUUGACCCUUGUCACGUUGUUGACUUCUGAGACAAGACCUCGUUAAAUCGAGCACAUGAGCCUUCUCCUUGAAUUCAUCAAGAAGAACAUGGUCGAUCGUCUUCUUAAGUUCUUCUGUUUAUCCGGAAUAGAUCUUGUUCGUCAAUGGAGCCUCCCUUCGAUCUUUCAAAACCCUCUGCACCCGUCUCCUUCCCCAUUAAAAGUCUCGACGAUCUCGAGUCGAAAUCGUAUUUUGACUCCUUUCACUACCCUUUCAAUAAGGCCUCUGUUCCUCUUCCUGCUGAUGCUUCGUCAUUGCCUGAUCGUGCGAGGAUUCUUGUCUGCCAUGAUAUGCAGGGAGGUUACCGAGAUGAUAAGUGGAUUCAGGGAGGAAAUAACCCUGAUGCUUAUGCCAUCUGGCAUUGGCAUUUGAUGGAUGUAUUUGUUUAUUUCUCUCAUAAUCUCGUCACCAUUCCUCCUCCGUGCUGGACAAACACUGCGCAUACCCACGGCGUUAAGGUGCUGGGAACUUUCAUUAUGGAGUGGGAUGAAGGAAGAAUUGCUGCUAAUAAGUUGCUAUCAACAGAGAAAUCUGCUAGAAUGUAUGCUGAUCGCUUGACAGAGCUUGCCGUCAAGUUGGAAUUUGAUGGUUGGCUGAUUAAUAUGGAGGUUCAAUUGAGCUUGGAGCAAAUACCUAACAUGGAGGCAUUUGUCAGCCAUUUAACUCAGUCUAUGCAUGCCUACAUGCCUGGGUCAUUGGUCAUAUGGUAUGACAGUGUGACAAAAGAUGGUGCUCUUCAAUGGCAGAAUCAGCUGAAUGACUACAAUAAGCCUUUCUUUGAUAUAUGUGAUGGCAUAUUUAUAAAUUAUACCUGGAGAGAAGACUAUCCAGGGAGCUCUGCUGCUAUUGCUGGGGGGAGGAAGUUUGAUGUGUACAUGGGCAUUGAUGUUUUUGGGAGGGGUACAUAUGGUGGUGGACAAUGGAAUACAAAUGUUGCACUUGAUGUACUAAAGAAGAAUGAUGUGUCAGCUGCCAUAUUUGCUCCUGGAUGGGUCUAUGAAACUAAACAACCACCUGAUUUUCAAACUGCCCAAAACCGUUGGUGGGGCCUUAUUGAGAAGUCAUGGGGAAUUCUUAAAUACUAUCCAAAAGUUUUACCAUUCUACUCAAACUUCGAUCAGGGCCAUGGUUAUCAUUUUUCUGUUGAUGGUGUGCAAGUACUAAAUGAUCCUUGGAAUAACAUUUCUUGCCAAAGCUUUCAGCCUGUCCUUAACAAUAAUGUUGAUCAUACAACAAAUACAAUACAAGUCCUUAUUGAUUUUAAGGACACAUCUUAUAGUGGAGGAGGGAACAUCACAUUUAAAGGAACUCUUGAAGAAAACACUGAUUUCAGCACAAGGCUUUUUCAAGGAGAGUUACCUUUGGUUGAUCAACCAGUCUAUAUUUCAUAUUCUGUGAAGUCCAGUGGGAGCUCACUUCUGGGUCUGGCCCUUGAUUUCUUUUCAAGCACAAGUCAACAUACUUCAGUGCUUCUUGCUUCCUCAGGAAGAAACUUGCUCACCAUGAACCAGUUCUCAAGCAAAUUUAGUAAUAUAAUUAUGCCACAUCAAGUUAGAAUGGUGGAAGAAGAUGCUCAGAUGGGCCCUGGCUGGGUCAUACAGGAAAGUAGCAUCAUAAUGAAUGGUCAUACACUAACAGGAAUUCAUGCUGUCUGCUACAAGUUGAAGGGUGACCCUAAUACAUUGCCAUCAGAGCCAGACGCACAAGGUGCUAAUUCAGUUGCUGCUUCAUUAGAAUAUUAUGCAUCACUUGGUCAUAUCACAAUCAAAACUAAAAAGAACUCAGAUUUCCCACCCUCAACAUCAUGGUUGGUUGAGAGUCAAUAUAUUUCAUGGGCAUCAGGUCCUGAGAGUGCAAGGACAUUGAGCAUUAAGAUCAUCUGGCAAUUAAAAGGUAGCAAGUCCCCGUUUCAGAGGUACAAUAUUUAUGUUAAGAAACUUGCAAAGAAAGCUGUUGAUGAUCUGGAUGGUGCAAUUGGAGAAAGUGAGGAGUAUCUUGGUGUUGCGCGAGUAGAAGCUUUUUACGUAUCUGAUCUUGUAGUUCCUCAGGGCAUUUCAAGUCUCAAGUUCCUUAUUCAAGUAUGUGAUGUUGAUGGGGCUUGCCAGAAGCUAAAUGAUUCUCCAGAACUUCUCAUGGAUGUUUAAGGCUAUCAUACCCUAUUUGAAUGAAUUCAGUGGGAUUCAGCACUGUUUGGCUGGGAUUGCAGUUAAUCAAUGCCAGUGGGAACUCAAUCCAAUUAUAAAACUGAUUUAGCUACAUCGACAUAAAUUUGUGUUAAGUUUGCUUGAA